AUGGACCAGAGGGUCAUUCGUGGACUACCCAGGAAGAUGUCAGUCGAUGACAUCAAAGAGGAUCUAGUGAGCCAAGGUAUCGCAGACGCCGAGGUUCAACAGAUGACCUCAAGGACCACCAAAAAGCCACUUCCGCUCUUCCUAGUCAAGACGAAGAUGCCUGAAAAGCUUCUAGAGAUCCAGAGGCUGGCCAUGCUCACGGUCAGCUUCGAGAGAAAGAAGAGAUCUACCGAGCCCAGCCAAUGCUACCGCUGCCAGCGGUACGGACACACGCAGCGAAACUGCCGUCUCGCUGAACGGAAAGCAGAAAAUCAAGAAGCAGCUACUCUGAAACCUCAACACCAGUCAUACGACGUCCUGUUGAAAGGCCAGACGCUUCAACAAGGGGUGAUUGCUAUGCACUAG